AUGGGAAGAGUUAAGGGAAAAGAAACGAUCCUGGCAGACUGGGGCAAUCGGAGAAGCUACGCUGAGGCCAACCCAAGUGACCUGAAGAGGCAUAUCCCCAAGACAUUCUCUGGGUCUGUUUUGUCUUGCUUGGCAGCCCCCCAUAAGGUUUACGAGUUUCUGGUUCUACUAAUAGCAAGUAGGACAUUUUGCAACAUAAUAGCCUGUGCAGAGGAGGCAGUGAAAGCUAUGGCAUCAAGGCCACUGGGGCCAGCAGCACUGGAUGAUACGUUGGCGGCACCCCUGAGUCGUGUGGAUGCAACAUUUGGUGCAUUGGCCGGGAAAGUUAAAGGUCUGAAACAGGGUCCUUUCCUCGGAUUGCUCCACCGACCCCUGGAAGGAGGAUCGGGAUUGGGAGAGGCGGACUUUCCCCAGGUAUGGGCUGAGACCAAUCCACCUGGACUGGUGAUUCAUCAAGCCCCAAUAAUUGUGGAACUUAAGGCGUCCGUGUUUCCAGUAAGACUGAAACAAUAUCCUAUGUCCUGGGAGGCUAGGCGGGGAAUUGCUGUUUACAUCAAGCAUUUGCACGACUCGGGCAUUCUGACCCCAUGCAAGUCGCCAUGGAAUACUCCACUUCUCCCUAUCCGAAAGUAUAACUCAUCCGAUUUUCGGCCAGUUCAAGAUCUGAGAGCAGUAAACGCCAGAGUAAUGGAUAUUCAUCCCACUGUACCCAACCCGUAUACUCUCCUUAGUCUGCUUCCCCCUUCUCAGGUGUAUUAUACAGUUCUGGACUUAAAAGACGCCUUCUUUGCCAUCCCACUGGCCCCACAGAGCCAGCCACUGUUUGCAUUUGAAUGGACCAAUCCUGAAGAGGAAGCUGGACAGCUCACCUGGACGCAACUCCCCCAGGGAUUCAAAAACUCCCCUACUCUUUUCAAUGAAGCCCUGAACCAGGAUUUAGAACCAUUUUGAAUCUCCAAACCACAGGUAACUCUGUUGCAGUAUGUUGAUGAUAUCUUGCUGGCAGCCCCCUCUCAUUCAGAAUGCCUGACUGCCACCAAGGAACUCUUGAGUCUUUUGCAAAAACUAGGAUACCGAGUGUCAGCCAAAAAAGGGCAGACCUGCCACACUGCGGUCACUUAUUUAGGUUACAACAUUAAAAAAGGUAAGCGCUCUCUCGGUGAACAAAGAAUUCAUGCUAUACUCGAUAUUCCUCAGCCUAAAACGCGCAAACAAGCUCGCAAGUUCCUGGGGGCAGCAGGCUACUGCAGACUAUGGAUACCUGCUUUGCUGAACUGGCAGUCCCUUUGUAUGCCACUCUCAAGGGGUCUCCGGAGUCCCUCACAUGGGAGGGAGACUCAAACUAAAGCCUUCCAAGCUUUACGAGAGGCUCUCAUGACCCCACCGGCCUUGGCCCUGCCAGAUCCCACUAAGCCAUUCCAUUUGUUUGUAGCUGAGAAAGGGGGAGUGGCUAAGGGAGUUCUGACUCAGCUCCUGGGAACUUGAGGCCGACCAGUGGCCUAUUUAUCCAAAAGGCUAGACCCAGUUGCUUCCAGAUGGCCCACAUGCAUUCGACAGAUAGCUGCCACCACACUACUAGUCAAAGAUGCAGAUAAACUAACCCUGGGACAGACGUUGUCUGUUACAGGGCCCCAUGAAGUGGAGGCCUUACUGCGGGCUCCCCCAGAACGGUGGCUGUCAAAUGCUUGGAUUACCCAGUAUCGAGCAUUGCUGCUCGACCAGCCCCGGAUACGUUUUUGUGCCCCCGCAGCCUUAAACCCAGCUACUUUGCUGCCCGAAGGACUAGGUCCCCCUCUAUAUUCUUGCCCAGAGACCUUAGCUACAGUUUCGUUCCUCCGCUCCGAUCUCACGGACAUUCCCCUACAGGAUCCUGAUAUCAACAUGUUUUCAGAUGGCAGUAGUUUUGUGUUUCAAGGGCAAAGGUAUGAUGGUGCUGCGGUUAGGACAGAGGGCAAGGUUCUAUGGCAACAGAGCCUUCCCCUGGGAACCUCAGCCCAGCGCGCAGAGCUCAUCGCGCUAACUAAAGCUCUGAAAUUCUGUAAAAACAAAUCAGUUAAUGUUUAUACGGACAGCUGCUAUGCCUUUGCAACUGCGCAUGUUCACGGGUCCAUCUAUUAAGUGCGGCCUCCUCAUGGCGAGGGCAAGGACAUCAAAAAUAAAGCGGAAAUUCUAGACCUUGUAACAGCCAUCUGGGAACCUGUGAGACUCGCGAUCAUUCACAGUCCAGGACAUCAAAAAGGCAACACCCUAGAGGCAGUCGGAAACUGCCUGGCUGAUGCGGCAGCCUGGGAAGCUGCCCUAACUGAAAGUAAAAGUGCUUUGGCACUACGGAUCUUGAUAGACGCCCUGCUUCCGCCGGAGCCCAAUUAUACUCUUAAAGAUUUGGAGUGGAUUUCAAGAAAAGGAAGAAGUAUGAUACCGGGACAAAAGUGGUUUCAGGAUCCUGAAGAUGCUCUCUUACCCAGCGGCGGCAUGAGGCAGCAUGGUCGUCUGCUCCUGAGGACUCCUCUGGGAAAAGCAAAGAUGGUGGAAUUGGCGCGGAAAAAGUUCAGGAUGCAAGGGCUGGGAAAAGAGAUCGAGGAGAUGGUUGAAAGAUGUGAACUGAGCCAGGCCAGUUUGGGAAUGCAUUCUGAAAUUAAACCAGGGAAAUACAGAUACAAGUAUCAGCUUGUUUUUGUGGAUACCUUCUCCGGGUGGGUUGAGGCAUUCCCCACUAAAUCAGAAAUGGCUCAGGUCACAGUUAAGAAGUUGCUACAAAAGGCCAUAUUUCAUUUUUUCUCAUUGCCACGUAGUAUUCCAUUGUGUAUAUAAACCACAAUUUACAAUGGCCCGGCCUUCACAGCACAGGUAUUGCAGGGUCUAGCCAGAGCGUUGGAAAUAGAUUGGAAAUUACAUCAUGCAUAUAGACCCCAGAGCUCCGGUCAAGUAGAAAGGAUGAAUUGGACUCUAAAGGAGACCUUAACCAAGUUGUCCCUUGAGACUGGCGAAAAUUGGGUUGAUGUUCUGCCUUUUGCCCUUUUGCGAGUGCGUUAUACUCCAUUUAUCAAGGGAUUAUCCCCUUACAAAAUCUUAUUUGGCAGACCUCCACCUAUCUUGCCAAGGCUAGGGGACGGCAUAAAGAAAUAGCUAGAACAGGACCACUUGUUGGCUUCACUCAUGGCCCUGCAUCUUGUACAAAAGGAAAUAACUAAGGCCUUGAAAGAAGCCUUUGUCCAUCCUCCUGUUCUUCCCCACCCCUUUCAACCAGGAGACUUAGUUUGGGUCAAGAGGCACAAGCCUGAAACCCUGGAGCCGCUCUGGAAAGGACCACAUACCGUGAUCCUGACUACACCAAUGGCUGUGAAGACAGACGGUGUCCAAACCUGGAUUCAUCACUCUCAGGUUAAGAAAAACUGUGCGGAGGCAGAAACACCCAGGACCGAUACGGGACCAGAGAACAAACAGCGAUGGAAGGUCAAAAGGCACCCAGAGGAUCCUUUGAAGAUAAGACUGAUGCGGGAAUAA